AUGGAAUUGGUUUGCUGCUGUUUCCGGCGGCCCCAGAUCCUCAGCUGCUGCGAGAAGCGCCGCUGCUGCUGCUGCUGCUGCUGCGGCAGCAAACGCCACGAAGAGAACGGACUCGGGCACAGCAGCACCUGCACACACCCCGCACGCAAACAACCAACACUACAAGCGCAGCAGCAGCAGCAGCAGCAGCAGCAGCAGCAGCAGCAACACCAGCAACACCUGGAGCAUCAGCAACAGCAGGUGCAGCAGCAGCAUGUGCACCAUGUCCAGCAGCAGCAGCAGCUGGUGCAGCAGCAGCACCAUGUGGAACACCAGCAGCAGCAGCAGCAGCAGCAACAGCAGCAGCAGCUGACCAUGGGGACUUUGGGGGUAUCGAUCUGGAGAGCGAGAGCAGCACCGUAA